GAUUCUGAGUGGGAACCCAACAUUCUAUAUUAUACGCGUCGACAUGUGUACCUAUGUUGUAAACUGUAUCUGCUAUAUGACUACAAUGUUAAUUGGUAUCAGCGGGUUCAUACCUCCAGUGAAAAAGGGGAUACAUUUGGAGAAGCUAUCCACAGUCUACCUACCUUACAGGUACGAGAACAAUACCGGACAGUUCAGAUAUCCCUCUGGUGCUGCGGAACAGACGGCAUACGAUCCCGUGGACCAAUUUGUCUAUGUAGUUGGUGGUAACGUUCUACACCUGUUGGAUAUCAAAGAUAUUUCCAACCCGGCCGUUAUACACUGGCAGCAGUUCGACAAUGUAGAUCUCACUGACGUCGAAUACUGUGGUGAUUAUCUUUUUGUGGCAGUCGAUAACAAUGGAGACAAAGAAAAUGGCUAUGUUAAUGUCUAUAAGAAAUAUAACACCGCGUUAAAGACACUGGAGUUGGUUCAGAGCAUCACAGUUGGUUCACUGCCUGACAUGAUAUAUCCUACAUCUGAUUGCCAAACAGUAGUCGUGGCCAUAGAGGCGGAGGGAUAUAACAACGGUUCUCAUUUCGUCGACCCAGAAGGUGCUGUGGGCAUUAUUAAAUUCGCUGCAGGCGUGGAAGGGGAUUAUCAGUACACAAAACUCGAUUUCAGAAAGUUUAACGAUCAAUGGCAGAACCUGGUAUCCCGUGGAGCCCGGUUUAUCUACAGAGAGAACAACAACACGUUCUCCAAUGAUGUGGAGCCAGAAUAUAUCACAUUUAACAAGGACGAAAGCGUCGCCUACAUAUCGCUACAGGAGAACAAUGCUAUAGCCGAGGUAGACAUGAUCACUCAAAACAUCACCAACAUCCAUCCACUUGGGUUUAAAAACUGGACUUACUUUGAAUUUGACGCAAGCGACAGAGAUGAAAAAAUCAACAUUCGUCCGUGGCCAGUGAUGGGUAUGUACCAACCAGACUCGAUCAAGGUGAUAUAUGUGAAAGGGAAACCCUUCCUUGUAACAGCUAACGAGGGUGACGCUAAGGACUAUUCCAAAAUACAGGGUGCUGGAGGGUUCAACGAGCAGUCGAGGGUUUCUGAGCUAACUAUAAAUGCUUCAUCGACAGUUGCGCAUUGGUCCAGUUUGAAUGGAUACGAUGGUACACUCAAUGCAUUAGAACAUUUAGGACGUUUGAAGAUUUCUAACCUAGACGGGAAAUCUGGUGAUACUUACAACACGCUCUACACGUUUGGAGGCAGAAGUAUAUCAAUACUAGACCUGAACACAUUUGAACGAGUUUAUGACAGUGGAAGUGAUAUUGAAAAAAUCAUUGCCAAGGAGAAGAAGCCACUGUUUAAUGCUAAUGGCGUAGACAGAAACGACAUCGUUUCCGAAACCCAAGACUCCCUGUCUGACGACAAGGGUCCAGAGGUAGAGGACUUGGCUAUUGCUGAAAUAGGAGAUACGAUGUUACUGUUUGUCGGCAUAGAAAGACCUGGCUUCAUUGCGAUAUAUUCAAUACAUGGGGAUGUCACUUCUAUACAGUUCGAGAGCUUGUAUUCCGGAAUUCCAGGAACAAACGACACUUACGGUUAUCUAUACGACCAGCGAAAGAUGAGUGAGAAAGAUCCAGAUGAUAUCAGGUUCAUAAGUGCACAGGACAGUCCAAAUCACCGCCAUUUAUUGUGUAGUACGGGAUCUCUCAGUGGGACCGUCUCGUUUUUCCUUAUAAAGGGAUUAAACGAAGAUGAAGUGGACAAUAGUGGAAAUUGUGUUAUUGAUCAUGUACGCAUUUUCUCCAUAGGACUUAUUGUACUUUUAGGUAAAGUAAUGGAAUCACUCCUUGGACGACUGUGAAUAAUUGUCGGGUAUUUGAAUGACAUUAUUAUAAACUAUUUAACAAGGUAGGCUAUUUGAAUAGAAAUACUUAAUCGACUACUUGAAACCAUUUUCAAAGAGUACCUGAUUAAAUAAUUGACGUUUGAUUCGCGAUUAUGUCGGGUCCGUUCUAAUACGGAUAUUAUGGAGGAAGGUCCUCCAUUUCUUUACCAAUAUCUGUAAUUUUACUUGAUAUUGAAAUAUGGUCAUUUAUUUAGAUAAAUGACGAAGUAGACGAAUUAACAUAUUUGUCAAUCUAGGCCUACAUAAUAUCAAAAUACUUCCAAAGACAUUCGAUAAAACAUCAAAGAAAACAAUUGUUAAAAUUUGGGAUAAAAACACCAUCAUAGACAUAAUACGAAAAGGCCUCCUCUGACAAAACAUACCGAGUAAAAUAUCUGGUUCAAUAUGAGUAUAAAACAACAAAAACAGGUACAUUGAUUCACACAAAUCUACAUGUACAAUUGCAGAUAAAAUCUGUCCAAAAAGGACAGUAACAUUUUAUCUGAUUAUUUCAAAAGAGCAGUUUAGAGUAUUAUGUAUAGCAAAUUAAAACAUAGAAGACACAUUUUGUUCCUUUCCUGUUAACAGGUUCUAUAUAUUAUCAACAUUAGAUUAUCAUGUAAAUAUUUUCUGAUAUAUUUAUAUUCAUGUUGAUUCCGUUAAAACAAUAUUGGCAUAUGCAUGCAUUUACUAAUAUCGGGUGAUUGGCAUACCUACAGACGUAUUAACAUCAGGUGAUUGGUAUACCCACAGACGUAUUAAUAUCAGGUGAUUGGCAUACCCACAGAUGUAUUAACAUCGGGUGAUUGGCAUACCCACAGAUGUAUUAACAUCGGGUGAUUGGCAUACCCACAGACGUAUUAACAUCAGGUGAUUGACAUACCCACAGACGAAUUAACAUCAGGUGAUUGGCAUACCCACAGACGUAUUAAUAUCAGGUGAUUGGCAUACCCACAGACGUAUUAAUAUCAGGUGAUUGGCAUACCCACAGACGUAUUAACAUCAGGUGAUUGGUAUACCCACAGACGUAUUAACAUCAGGUGAUUGGUAUACCCACAGACGUAUUAACAUCAGGUGAUUGGUAUACCCACAGACGUAUUAACAUCAGGUGAUUGGUAUACCCACAGACGUAUUAACAUCUGGUGAUUGGCAUACCCACAUAUGUAUUAACAUCGGGUGAUUGGCAUACCUACAGAUGUAUUAACAUCUGGUGAUUGGUAUACCCACAGACGUAUUAACAUCAGGUGAUUGGUAUACCCACAGACGUAUUAACAUCUGGUGAUUGGUAUACCCACAGACGUAUUAAUAUCGGGUGAUUGGCAUACCCACAGACGUAUUAAUAUCGGGUGAUUGGCAUACCCACAGACGUAUUAAUAUCAGGUGAUUGGCAUACCCACAGACGUAUUAACAUCAGGUGAUUGGUAUACCCACAGACGUAUUGAUAUCAGGUGAUUGGCAUAUAUUACCAUUAGGUGCUUGACACACCCACAUACAUCCAAUCAGAUGAGUGUCUACACACAUCUACCAAUGCAUGACUCCAUAUCCAAGCACCAAUACCUAUGUAUAAUCCCACUCAACAACGAAAUACCCAUGGAAUGGUAAUUUGUAAUUUGACUUAAUGUUGCAUUUAUAAUUGAAGAGAACACAAAUCACGGUUUUCACACAAAUCUUAUUACCCCCAGUGUAGAUAAAUGGGGAUCCCUUGGGGCAGCCCUAACAUAAUGGGUGUCCUUACACGGGAGGACUCUAUCAAAAUCUUAUGUUUAUCCUUAAUUCCGGAAAUGUGCGAAGCUGCAAUACACAAUCAUUUAUCUAUACACAUACUUAUAUGUGUAUAUAUACCCAUAUCCACACACAAAAACACAUACAUAUAUAUGCACAAAUAUUCAAUCUUUUCACAAUUAUUUUGAAUUCUCUUAAUAUUUUUCCUUUGUUUGUGUAUUAAUUAAAAUUCUCAAUUAUAUCAAUGAAACCAGUAUUUGAGAUCCACAAACGAAAAACGGACAUCACAUUACACAACAUACAAUACACAACAUCAUGGGCAGCUAUAAAAAAAAUCUAGAUUGAAUGUUUUAUAUUCCCUAAUAGGGCAAAAACCAUAUGUAAUUAUCUCCGCAAGUGUCUAUGUCGCCUCAGCUAAUCACUUUCAAUUUGUAGAUGGAUAAUAACCAAAAUGUACAUAUU